GGGAGGUAGAAAUAAUAUUCACAUGAUUGUUAUUUCCGGUUCCUGCAAAAUUGGAGAAAAAUGUCAGGAAAAGAGAGAAUCAAUGUUUUCCCUUCACGAAUGGCCUUGGCCAUUAUGAAGCAGAGGUUGAAGGGAGCACAGAAAGGACACAGUCUUCUGAAGAAAAAGGCUGAUGCUUUGACCAUGAGGUUUAGACAGAUUUUGAAGAAAAUCAUAGAAACUAAGAUGAAGAUGGGAGACGUAAUGAAGGAAUCUGUGUUCUCGCUGGCCGAGGCUAAGUUCACAACAGGAGACUUUAACCACAUGGUGCUUCAGAACGUCAACAAAGCCCAGCUCAAAGUACGAUCAAAAAAGGACAAUGUGGCAGGUGUACAACUACCAGUAUUUGAACAUUACACAGAUGGUGUUGACAGCUAUGAGUUGACUGGUUUGUCCCGCGGUGGCCAGCAGAUUGACAAGCUCAAGAAGAACUACGCGAAGGCCGUGGAGUUGUUAGUCCAGCUGGCCUCACUACAGACCUCAUUUGUUACGCUGGACGAGGUCAUCAAAAUCACCAACCGAAGAGUAAAUGCUAUAGAACAUGUUAUUAUUCCACGAAUAGAAAACACCUUGUCAUAUAUCACAACAGAGUUGGAUGAGAGAGAAAGAGAAGAGUUCUUCAGGUUAAAGAAGAUCCAGGAGAAGAAGAAGAAGCUAAAGAUUGAGUCAGAGAAGGUUAAGGCAGAUUUGAAGGCCCAGGGUAUUGAAAUGGAAAGGGUCACAGACAUGUUGGAAGCUGAACAUGACGAGGACCUGCUCUUCAACUAGCACACAUGGUUGGGGCAGGAAGGGGGCAGGAUAAUGUUAUGAAUGUGUUUAUCAUCCUUGAUGGGUGAUCAUUAGUGCAAGAGAAUCAAUUGGUUCGUUUUGCUAGUAUAUAUAUUCAAGACAAUAUGUGGCUUGUUUUAUUUUAAUGCCUUUAAUUUAAAUAUUUCAAGCCUAUAGAGGAUUUCUCAGAAGUGAUAAAGCUAGAUGCAAUAUUUUUGAAAUUUGCAUGUUAUUGGGAGUUCAGUUGAAAAUUGUUUUAGAUAGAUUAAAUGUUGUGGAUUACUCUUGUUGGAUGAAUAUACUGGACCAAGUUAUUUAUUACAUAUGGUUUAUCCAUGACUUUCUGAAAAUAGCAUUUUUUGACUUAAUGGAAAAUAUGUGACAAACUAACAUAAAUAUUGUAUAGAACAGAGAAUAUUUAAGAACAGAGAAUAUUUAUUUUGAUAGACUUAUUAGGCAUAUACAGCAUACUGCCGAAUCAAAAAAAGACAUUAGUUUUCAAUCAUAGUCAAUUAAUGGAACCUGGUUAAAUGCAUUAUGUUUGUUUAAUAUAUAAAACUAGUAGUAUUAUUAAUGUUUGUUUGAAACAUAUAUUUCUUAACAAUCUAAAAUUUCUGUUGUACAAUCUAAUCAUACUUCGAGAGACAUCAACAUAUUUUAUGAUGAAAUCCAAAUUUUAAUUCUACAGUUUCGAUAUAGUAUAAUAAUGUAUGGUAGGACAUGCAAUACUAGGCUUUUAAUAUACAUAUAUACAUUUAUUUUGGAAGUGAAAUAUAUAAACAAAAAUAAUGUAUAUUUUUAAACUGGAAUGAAAAAUAGUAAUAAUGCAAAAAUUGAUGACUAUAAGCACAUCUUUUCCAAGUUGAAAGUCACAAGGGUACAAUUCAUUUUGCUGGCCUCUGCUGAUGGAAACAGUACAAAAGAUAAACACGUACUUGUAUUUCCUCUCAUCCUGGUUAAAUAUAUGCAUUCUUCUGAAAAAGCACAAUAUCAUACCCAGCUCAUGCCUCUGCCAAUGGGAUCAGAUUCACAUUUAAUAAUUAAGAGAUUUGUCAAGCAAAAAUCCAUUAAGCAGAUAACAACUGCAAAAUUUAUAUUUUAUAAAGAAAACAAGUGCCAGAUUGCCAUUUAGUCAUUAAUUGGUUUUAUUAUACGAGUAAUUUAGAAGCUUGCGCAUGUGCACUGGCUAAAACAAUAACACUGGAGCGUUUCACCUCUUAACACUAAGAAAGUUAGCAAUUAUUUUUGGUCUUCUAAAUAAUAAGUCUGCACUGGGCUGUGCAUCGCCUGGCACCAUAUUGGUUAGAGGACCAAAAAUAAACAAUUAAUACAUGUACUUUGUUUCCACAUUCCAGACAUGUUGUGUUUGUGCCUAGUCUAGUCUCAUAGUCAACUUAGGGAAAAUAUUCCAUUAUAUCUAGUGAUAUUGUCACAUGACAUUUUGUCAUGGUUUAACCAAUGUUAAAGCGGACGAGUAAUACAUCACUGCAUAUUUCUUGUUAUGCUGUUGUAGAUAUAUUUCAUUAUUUUGGUGAAAAUAAGAACGAAUUCCAAUGUUCAAAGGUUUAAUUCAUGUAAAGAUUUUUUAAAUAUAAUUUGUAUAUAAAGUGUAUUCAGUUAUAGACAUUCUGUAAGAAGUGUAAAAGUGUGAUUAUUUAUGCAAAAUGAAAUGAAUUGUAAAAUCUAUGAUGAAAAUAAAAUAUUAAUCCUGAAA